UACCGAACGCCCAUGAUUGAAUCCAAAAAGCCCCGGACUAGUUAACAACAGAAGAAUAGUGUCGAAUUAUUUUCUGAAUUUCGAGAAGUCCGCUGACUUAGAUAUUUUCGAACAACAAAUUGCAAGAAAAAUACAUCUUAUAUUUAAUUAUAUAGUGACCUUGCGUGCUGGUCGUGCUCUCGUGCAUUGUUUUGUUUUCUGCAGCUUUGCGCGCGCGCAACCACGGAUCUUCCAAGAGAACAUUUCUCAUCGAACAAGAGCAAUUAUUAAAUUCGCAGCGCGACACCAAGACAAUCCAACUUUAACCAAAAUGCAGCAAAAGGUGGAAGAGAAAAUCGAUCCCCUGACACGCAUUCAGGAGGAGAUCAAGGAAGUGGUGAGACGCGAGGAGGAGUACCGUCAGCUGGCUACGCUCUCCACCAAGGGUGGCACUGUCAGUUCGCCCCCCAUUCAGGGGGACGAAUUCGAGACGUACACGAUUAAUGGCAACGGCAAUGGCAACGACUUCAUUGAGCCACAGGGACAAGAGCAGUUGAUGAAUCUAGGCGAGAAUGAGGAGGAGCGAGAGCAGGACCAGGGUGUUCUGGUCACGGCCCAGCCGGCUUUGGCGGCUGGACCGACCUUGGUGCUGCUGCUGCCCAUCGACGAGCACUCGAACACACACUCGCUGGCAUCCAGCGUCAACAGCACCAAGGAGGAGAGCCUCGAUGGACAACACUCUGACGACUCCGGCAUAUCGGCUUCCUCCCAGGGCAACAACAACAACAAUCUGGUGAAGCAGCUGCAGCCGCUGAAACUGACGGUGGUGAGCCGCCAGGAGCAGCGCUACAUCGGACCAAAUUGCUACAACAUGACCCCGGAGCCGCCCCAGCAGAAGCUGAUGGCACGCACCAUCUCCACGCCACAGCUGAACGGAUUGCAGCAGAAGCGGCAGUUUGCCUUUAGCGGCUCCACCAAGGGGGUGAUGCAGCGCUUCAUCGCCUCACACGGCAAGGUAGGGUCCAGUAGCACCCUGAGCAGCCCAUCCUCUCCACUGACCCUAUCCAACGGCAGCAGUGGUAACGUUAAUGGGAACGUGAUCGGCAGCACUCAGACGGCACUAAAGCUGAACGCCCGCAGCGCCCUGGCCUUCCUGGAGACGGGCGGUAACAACUCGCCCACGGUAACCCUGUCGCCAACGGCCAUUGAACGGGACUCGGAGGGUCGACCCUUGCGCCGCGGUUAUGUGCCCGUAGAGCAAAAGAUACAGCGCGAGCUGCAGGACCUCAAGUCUAGAGAGACGGAGCUGAAGCGUCUGCGCAAACUGUACAGACAGAACACCCUCAGGGCAUCGCAAGACAAGCUAGUACUGUGCACAGAUGAUGAGGCCGAUGGAGAGGCGGAUGACGAUGAGGACUCCGAGGAGGAGCAUUGCUAUGGCCCGGGAAAACUUCGCCAUGCCCAGUCCACGCAGGAGCUUGACAGAAAUGGAAAUGAGCAUGAGAUUGUCCACAAUUCGCAAAGGGUAGCCUCUGGAUAUGUCUAUAUCACGUCAACUGGAAAUGGAAAUGAGAAUGCCACCUGCAAUGGAGGCAUGCGUCCGGCCAUGUCGUUGGCCCAGCUCUGUGAUCUGACGCCGGAGGAGGCCCCCUCGUCCCACCGCCUCAUCGCACAGUGGGAGAGCCUGAUCAAAAAGAACGCCGAGGGCGGAGCAGCAAUCGAAGCGGUCAUCUAAGGAGACCAACCGCACCACACACACCAACGAUCUGGUGCAGAGCAGACCAAAUUAUUAUUGUAGUGUCCACAUAGCCAGAUAAAGCACUUCUUCCCCCUUCCGACGAUCGUUGGCUUAUGCCCCGAAUCGCACGUCAAUGUCAUGCCGCUUUCUUAGCGCCCCUCUCCCCAUUUAUCAACGAAUUAAUCUUAACGCCAGCCGUUUGAAAUUGCGGGCCAAUCUUCACCUGUGCCUGAAAGCCUGCACUUCAUCCGAUUAAUGUGUAAUUUAAACUGUGUACUCAA